AUGCCGCACAAAGUCAAGGAAGGCCGGGUUCAUCUGGACUUUGCCAUUAUAGGCGCAGGCUGGUAUGGCCUCACCGCUGCUCGCUCGCUUCUCAAGCUGGAACCCCAAAUCAAGCUGGCCAUCUUUGACAAAUUUGACACAGUGGGCGGAACCUGGGCUAAAGAGCGAAUUUACCCGAACCUUGUGGCCCAGGUCGAGUUUGGAUACUUUAAUUACCCUUCAACGCCCAUGACUGCAGACGGCAAGCCUGGCAACAACCUCGUGUCGGGAGACAUGAUCUUCCGAUACCUAGACAACUUUGCGGAGGAGAACAACCUCAAGCGUCUCAUCAAGUUCAACAGCUGGGUGUCAAAGGUGGAGCGGAACCCUGCCGGCGCCGGCUGGCUAUUGACGGUCAAUGGUCAGGUCAUCGAGGCGGACAAGGUGGUCUGCGCGGCUGGUAUCACUACACAGACCAACGACGUUGACUUCACCGUCACGGACGAUUCUAUUCCCGUGCUUCAUGCGGUUGACAUUGCCAAGAAUAUGCCCAACUUUGAGAAGGCCGAGAACAAGCACAUUGUUGUCAUUGGUGCUGCCAAAUCUGCUUAUGAUGCGGCAUACCUCUUUAGCUCAAUGGGCAAGAAGGUCACUUGGAUCAUCCGUGACAAUGGCUCAGGCCCCAUGCCUAUUAUGCCCACCAGAAUGCUUGGAAACAAUACAAUCACAUUUGGCUCGAACCGGAUGAUGAAUUACCUCAGCCCGUCCAUGAUGACAACGGACACAUGGCUCGGCAGCUUCUUUCACCGCACCAAGCUGGGCCGCUGGUUGACGCGGGCCUAUUGGGCCUACAUCACCAGCCAGGCUGAGAAGGCGGCUGGCUUCGGCGGCAACGCCGGUAAGGUGGAGGCCCUGAAGCCCCAGAUCAAGGACAACAGCUGCUUCUGGUGCGAGAGCUCCCUGGGGCUCGUCACCAUGGAUGACUUCUGGAGUACGCUUAAGAAGGGCGACAUCCGCAUCGUCCGCGACAACGUUGCGGUGGCGGACAGUGCGGGCAUCACGCUCAAGAACACGGCCGAGCGAGUCCCGGCCGACUAUGUCGUCUACGCCACGGGUUGGGGCGACCAUUUCAGCUUCUUCUCGCCCGAACUCAGGGAGGAGAUGGGCAUCCCCCCUUACGGCAACCCUGUCCCGUCCAAGGCAGCCGGGGGCGUCAAGAUCGACCCGUGGUAUUUCCACGACAAGGCGGCUGAUCAGGUCCUGGCUCAGAAGAUCCCACUUCUGGCCGCGGGCCCCAAGGACCUCAAUGGGUGGCAGCGGGGGCCGACGCGUGCCAUGACAACCCGCCGCUGGCGGUUGUACAACCGGGUGGUUCCGCUCUCCAUCGCCUCGGGCGACGAUCGCUCGCUCGUAGUCCUUGGCCAGAUCCACACGACGCAGACCCCGACCAUCUCCGAGGUGCAGUCGCUCUGGGCCAUGGCCUACAUGCUUGGCGACUUCCAGCUGCCCAAGGAGGAGGAGUUGGUACAAGAGAUCUGCACGUGGAACGCCUGGACACGCCGCCGCUACGGUGCCGUUGGCGAGCGCUACCCUUACGCGCUCUUCGACUGGAUCACCUACCUGGAUCGUCUGCUGGGCGACCUGGGCGUGCAGACACAGCGCAACGGCAACGCCAUCGUGGACUUCUUUAAGCCAUAUGGCCCCAAGACGUACCACGGCAUUGUGGACGAGUACUUGGCAAUCCGAUCCAAGAAGGCCAAGACAGCCGCAGCCGGCCUUGGGAAGGGACGCGUCUCCAGUGCAGGCUCAACCUCUAGCUAA